AUGGACGAGUUAUUAGAGGAGGGGGACGAGGACGAGGACGAUGAAGACACAGAAAACUCGUACCACAGCGACUAUACCGAUGACGACAUCGAUAUCUCCAAUGGAGAUGAACCUCCCCUCGGUGUGUUUGCCCCUUUUGCCUCUGGCACUGAGCUCAGAGUAGGCACGGGACGCAUCUUCCCCACGAAGUUCAAUCCCCCAAAUCCAAGUGACACGCCCACGUCGCUUUUCCCACUAGACAGAGCUAAGCAGGCCACGCCACCCGCAUAUCGGUUCAUUCGUCGCAAUGCCGAAAACGACCAAUUCCUGGUUUAUACGGAUGGGGCCUGCUUAGACAACGGCGGUGAAAAUCCAAGAGCUGGUUGUUCCUUUGUGUACAGAAAUUCGACGCUGAACCCUACAGUCUGUGGGCAUGCAAGCUUUCCUCUCGAAAAAGAAGGUCCUACUGGUAUGGAGGGCCUACAAACAAGUAACCGGGCUGAAUUACGCGCUGUAAUUGCAGCUACGCGAUUUCGAUACUGGCUUGGCGAAGGAUGUCGCUGUCUAGUUAUCGCUACUGAUUCUGAAUACGUUGUGGAGGGUAUGACGAAAUGGGUUAAAAAGUGGAUAAGGAAUGAUUGGAGAACGAGCUCAGGACUACCGGUCAAAAAUAAGGAUCUUUGGAAGUGUUUACUCGGGGAGGUGGAACGGUGGGAUGAGAGAGGAAUGCGUAUUCAAUUCUGGCGUAUUCCACGAGAAUGGAAUACAGAGGCCGACCAGCAUGCUAAAGUAGCUGCUAGUAAGGAUGCUUCUCAAAAGUUCGGGGAUAUCUCCGGCGUCCUUGUCUGA